AUGAAUAACGAUCGAGAUCAACAUACGAGUCCACCUGUUAUGUGUAAGAAUAAUUGUGGAUUUUGUGGUAGUCCUGCUAAUGAAAAUUAUUGUUCAAAAUGUUAUCGUGAACAUCUUAAACGUAAAUCGCUAUUAGUCAAUACUACCGUUACGGUGACUGGUCCUACGGAUACAAGUAAUGGACCUGAUACUAGUACUGUAGGUACUAUGAGUACUGGUACUGAUGGAACUACUAGUACUAAUACUGGUACCGUAGGAGCAAGCACCGUAACGGACACCGUAACGGAAGAAAAUGAUACAAAUGUUAAGAUAGAAGAAAAUAUUGAGAAUAGAUGUAAUAUAUGUAAGAAAAUGGUUGGAUUAUUAGGAUUCUCUUGUCGUUGUGGUAAUGUAUUUUGUAGUCUACAUAGACAAGCAAAUGUUCAUAAUUGUCAAUUUGAUUAUAAAAGUUAUAAUCGAAUUCAACUUGAACGUAAAUCCGUCAAAGUCGUUGCCGACAAAUUAGAACGAAUUUAA